CUCUCGCAGCCAAUCGCCGCACGGAAUAUGCACAAUCUGGUUUAAACCGGUUUCUAUCUUUAAAUUCCAAUAUAAAAACUUAAUAAAACAUAUACCGCCGUUAUUGUAUUUUACACGAGACGCUGUGAGGCGUGCAGGGUGUCGCUGCUCACGAACACAAUAUUUACACAAUUAUUCCGAUUUUUUGAUAUUUUUUUCGGCGUUUUUCUGCAGUCAAGAUGCCCAAAAGAAAGAUUGAUGGUGAGAAGGCCGCCAAAGGCAAGGAGGAGCCAACAAGACGCUCCGCGAGGUUGUCUGCUAAACCGGCUCCUCCUAAACCAGAACCAAAGGCCAAAAAAGCCGUCCCUAAGAAGGCAGCCAAGGGGAAGAAGGGCAGCAACCCUGCUGAAAACGGAGACGCCAAGGCAGACCAGGCACAGAAGGUUGACGCUACUGGCGAUGCCAAAUGAGAAGCUAGCGAGUGUCUGAUCCUUCUAUGUACUUGGUGACUGUACAGUUUGAAAUAACUAUUUUUUACCAAGUUUUAUAUUAAGAAUAACAUUUAUAGUUGACUUGUUGACUUGCUUUUUAUGUACCGAUUGAUUUGACAGGAGUUACGAUAUUUCAUUCAUAUCCAUUUGUAUCCCAUUUUUUAAUCAAGCCGUCAAUAUCUUGCCAAAACAGUUUGCUCUUGCUAAAUCUGUUGGCGAAAACGCAAGAAGUUUGUCCUAAAGUUUGUUUUAUUGCUUUAUCUUUCUUUCUUGGUUUAUCUUUGGAUUUUAAACACCAAACAUUCUCAAAAGGCAGCUUAAGAGUGUUUCAAAAAUGUUUUCAGAAGGGUUUUCACCAUGUUGUUAGCAUUUAAACGUACAAAUACUGUGUUUUCAUUUUUAGCUUUUUUUAAAGGAAAUUACAAUGAAAUUGUCACUAGGAAAAAAAAAAAAAAGUAAAUAAGGCAACAAUGUUGAGUAAAAUUACAAUGUGAACCUUCGAUUUCUUUAGAGCUGUGUGUUCUGAGCUUGUCUUGUUUAUUAAGUUAUGUUCUGCAAUCGUGGAAGGAUAUUCAGUGACUCUUAAAAUGCUUUGUUUUAAAUGGUUUUGAAUAAAAAAAAAUAAAAUAAACUGUCCAGAAAAAA